GUGCUUCAUUGUUCUGUUACCCCUAAUGGUUUUUGCAACAAAUUUAUGCCAGAAUGAUGCUCAAAAGGCAGGAUCACCCCUUUCUGCAAGUUUUGGAGUUCCUGGGAGUAGCAAUAUCAAUUUUUUAAAUAUUUUUGAAGACGCUAACAACGAGUUACUCUACUUUGUGGGGCAGUUCCGUCCAGCUUCUCCAUUUGACACUAUGAUCUACAAGGCCAGCCCAGAACUAGCCAAACUGGGAGUUAUGACUUAUGAUAUCAAUAGCCAAACUCGCUCCUUUGCCAUAUCUCCAAACAAAGACUUUAUCUAUAUCCUUGAUUUUUCACCCUCCAAGAUCAUUGAAGUACAGACUUCUGACUUGCAUAUCACAAGAGAGUUGGCAGUUACCUAGCAGUGGUACGGGCUAUGUUACUUCAAAUUCAAACAUGGAAAUGAGUAAAGGCUUCUACUUCAGUCUUCUGUUUGGCUCAGUUAUGGAAAUUUGCAGAUGGGAACAGAUAAAUACCAAUCUUGACUGAUUUAAUUUUGGAGUUGACAGUCCGACUAACUUUGCUUCAAUCAGUAGCGAGCUGUUGUUUUUUGGUUCAAUUGAUACAACAGGUGAUCAAUACUAUUUGGUAAACUAUAACUUCUCUGCAUCUAAUCUAGCUUGGAAGAAGAGCAUCACCUGCCCUACUCCUACAUGAGUUGUAAAAUUCAGUAACUCCCUUUUGAGUGGAGAUGAAAAAUGGAUUUAUACAAUGGUGCUCUAUGAUAAUAAUUUUGUUUUCCACCAACUAAGCGUGGCUGAUGGGACUCCUAAAAAUUCAGGGUUGAUUUGGAAUGAUAGUGGGUAUCAUGAAAGCUACUCUAUGUCAGAGUUCAGCAAUUUUAUUGCUAUUCAGAUUAAUAGUGCUACAUUGACUAAUUAUCAAAGGCUAAUUUUGGUAAACUUCUCAGACACCACUAUUUUGAAAGAGUACAAGUCUAUAAACUCUAGAUCUAGUUCAGUUAGAAGGUCAUUUUCCUACAAAGGGUUAGAACUAAUGUAUCAUUCUGGAAGAUUUGAUGGAAAUGAUACAUCCUUUGUUGCUAAAUCACCCACAAAUAAUAUUGAAAUGCUUCAGGAGUUUCAAGAGGACACGUCUCUCUUUAGUGUAAUUACCUCAAACUAUCAGGUAUCUUCAACUUCAGCAAACCCCAGUCUCAACUCAGGCUCACAAACUCUCUCAAUCUCAACCUCUUCAUCAAUUACAACCAUCAAUGUUACAUCAACAACAAGUCCUACGUUCACCACAUACGUGGCUUUGUGGAACGAAGACCAUACUGAAUCAGUUCAGAGCAACAAGUUAGUACAAGUGAACUUCACCUGGGCCUGAGCUCAACAAGGAAAUUACACUGCUAUUACUUUCAGUCUGGACCAGACUGGGUCCAAUGCCAUUCCUGAAUGGAUUCAGCUUGAUGGAGAUAAACAGGAGUUGUACCUUAACACCACUCCAAAGCUAUCUGAAGAACAGACUUUCUAUUUCUCCCUUCAGAUCUCCUUUAAUACUGACGUUUAUUACAAGAAGUUUGAGAUCUCUGUUGAAAAAUGAUCUAUUGAACACUGUGAUGUCUGAAAAUUGAAUAACUCAAGUGUUUGAGAGACUUGAGCUGAUGGAUAUCAAAUCUCAGAUAACCAAAAGAAUUGUUCAGAAGUACCUGGUUCUUCUGGUUCAACUACAUCAACUAGGGUGGUGACUGCUUUAUUGGCAGGAAGCAUUAUACUUGCAAGCGCUUCAUCUAUCUUGUCAUUAUCAUCACCCAACUCAAUAUUUAGCAUUAUGAAUAGUAUGCAACUGGCAGUUCUAUUACCUCUAAUUCCUGACUAUUUUUCUCCUAAAGUGUUAAACUUUUUGAGCAAAAUGAGCUUCACGAUGAUAUCAUUUGAUUUUAUUAAGUUCAAAGAUAUUCCAUUUGUUGAAGCGAUUACUGAAUGGGUAUCAUAUCCCCAGUCAGAUGGCUACUUGAAUAGUAUUGGAAUGAGAUCUGGAAGCUCAGUUGUUAACUAUUUGUCACUGAUGGCUAUUAUCAUUCUUAUUGGUCUCAUUCAUUUGGGUAUAUUUCUUUGAGAUUUAAAAAUAGAGAACCCAAAGCAUAGGAAAUGAAAGAAAUUUUUUAAUAAUCUGUUCAAGUUCUUCACAUUUAAUAUAUACAUCAGAGUAUUUAUGCAGGCAUUUGUAUUUACAACGUUGUCUAUCUUCUCUGAAUUAUAUAACGCCAAUCUAUCUACAACUGUGACCAAAAUAUCCUUUGGGUUUGGAAUAAUGUUUGGGAUAUGCACAAGUGUGUUGUUUAUUCUGUCUUUCUAUAUGUAUUGCAAGUCAUUCCCCCAGAUAGAUCAGGAAAAGUAUUGGCUAUGAGUAGAAUAUUUUAAUGGAAUCAAGCCAAAAUAAAUACUCCAAACUCUAUUCUAGCAUGUUUAUGCUGAUGAGACUAUUGCUUACUUCAUGAAUAAUAUUUGGACAACCUGCUAGGACAUUUGACAAAGCCACAUUCUUUUACCUUUUAAACAUUUUGUACUGAAUCUAUUUGAUUAUUAUCAGGCCAUUUGAGAAUCUACAAGACAAUAUCAUUGAAGUCACUAAUCAGACUCUAUUCUGUUGCUUGGCUGUUCCAUUACCUUGGCUCAAUACAAAAGAAUCCUGGAAUCCUUUCUACGAAGACUUUUACACCACCAUCCUAAUAACCUCCCCCAGUAUCUGAACCCUAGUCUGCCUAAUAUUCCUCCUCAAAUCCCUACUCACCUACAUCCUCAGGCAUAAAUCCCCUCACCGACAACCCACCACUCCCAAACCUCCCUCAACCCCUGCCCAAAACCCAUCCCCUUCCUCAUCCCUCAACCCCAAUUCCUCCAACCUCAGCCAGAGCAUCAGCCCAAUGGACCCUGCUCCACGUACAAAAACCCAAAAGAACUCGAAGGUCCGGUCAAAACCUCUCUAAGUACAACAUUUGGCCGAUUUUAGUGAAGGGUGGUUUCAAUUG